CCUCAAACUCACAAACCGUGAGAUCAUGACCUGAGCGGAAGUCGGAUGCUUAACCCGCUGAGCCACCCAGGCGCCCCUCAAGUGUGCAGCUUCUGAUGUCACUCCUCAGGGGUACAGCCUCAGGCCGUGUACCAUCAGCCUGGGAUGACACUGUUUGCAUUAGAGCUCUUUUUGACCUUCGCGGAUCUCUCUGUUAAGCUACCUGCCUCUGUUAAUUGCAGGCUAGUGAAGUAGUCACUAGCCCAGUAGCCCAGUAGCUCUCAACAGCACCCUGGGGCACAAAUUGCCUCACAGGGUUCUGCAGGCUCAGCUUCCGUACUGGGGGUGGCCCCUCCAGCCUCUAAUCCCGUAGUGCAUGUGGUUGCGUAGCUCCAAGCUUCCGUGGUGUAGACAGCUGCUCUAACCCCGGCUCCUGAGGUAGCCUUCCCUUUGCAGCCCCCCCCCCCCCCGGGGUAGUUUCAUUUCAGAGUGCUUCCAGCAAGACACCACCCUGCGGAAGAAUGGCUUUAAAACGGCAAGUUUGGAGCUGAGAGGCAAUCAACUGAUGCCUGGCAAAAACUCAGAUAUCCAGCAGCAGCAGCAGAAAGAAUACAAAGUUGUGGUGUAUUCACAUAGUGGCAUGCUAUCCAGGAAGGAGCAUGGACGAACCCAUAUACACGACGUGGAAGAGACAUCCAGCACGACGCUGAGUGAAAGAAGCCAGACGUAAAGGAGUCCCCUCUGCGUGAUUCUAUUUCUAUAAAAGUCAGAAAUCAGCCACAUGAGUGUGGGCUGUUAAAGGAAGGAGAGUGGUUGCCUUUGGUGGGUUUAGUCAUGGGCAGGGGGCGGUGGUGACGGGGAGAAGGGACCCCUAGUUGCUAGAGAUGUACCGUAUCCUGGUUUGGGUGCGUUCACUGUGAAAAUUCUUCGAGCGGUAUAUUGCACGAUUUAUGCAGUCUUCCACAGGCAUUUGUGUGCGUACGUUUAUUGAUAAUAGGUAAGUAAGAUUUGCUUGAAAAAGGAUAUUUGCAUGCUCCUGUUCUUUGCCGCGCUAUUGCCAAUUCCUCAGCAGUCUAUCUCCUUUCAGAGGAGGGCGCCGAGAUGCAGAGAAUAGAGAGAACUUACCCAAGGCCACUGAGCCAGUAAGCUGAAAAGGCGGGAUCCAAACCCAGGCAGGCUGGCAUCUGAGUGAGUCCUCUUGACUCUCGGCCAUGCUGCCUCUCCCCACAGCCUGGACUUGAAUGGGGCCAGGGCGGCAACCUGGCAUGAGAUAUGCUUUGGCCAGCCCAACCACGCCAUGGUGAGGAAAGCUGGCCGAUUCUGCAUGGGAAGGUGAGGCCACAGAGGCCUGCGCAACUAUGUGAGGCCUUUCCCUUAGGGGUCUUGGGCAAGACUGGUUUUCUUGGAGCUUUCGUUGCUCAGAGAAAUAGUCCCUCCAGCUCCCAUUGGCCCUGUAAGAUGCCACGCUAGCCCACUGAAUCACGGCUAAGUCCAAAACCAGCGGGAGCAGAGAGAGAGCUGGUAUAGCGGGUCCACGUUCUCCUAACACAAGUGUCCAAGCUCCUCUCUCUGGAGAGGCAGCUGCUAGCAACCUUGGGAGCAUGCUCGUCUUGUGCCUGGUGCUCCUGUGCACCUUUCUUGUGGGAGUCUUCAUCUGGACUGUCCUCCAGCAUUUCCUCACCGUAGAUGUCCUCUCUACCUUGCAACAUCCCUCCAAGUUCAGAUUUCUGCAUUGCCUGUUCCUGUAUGCUUUAACUUUGGGGAAUAUAUUUGAGAGGCUGGGAAUCUGCUCCAGGCCCAGAUUUAUUACCCAGUUAUUGCAUGGUUUUGUGAGAACAAAAAAGGAUGCUAGACUUGUAGUGACUGACCUGUAUUUUGGGACCAUACCUGUGAGGCUGUUCCAAUCCAAGGCAGAGUCCUCCAGCCCCUGGUGAGGCAUCAUCUUCUUCCACGGAGGAGGCGGGUUCAUGGGGAAUUGGGACUUGUACCACAACCUGUGCAAUUUUCUGGCCCUGGAGACUGAUUCUGUGCUGCUGUCGAUUGGGUACCGCAAGCUUCCUGAUCACCAUUACCCCAGCAUUUUCUGAGAUUGCCUGAAUGCCUCCAUUCACUUCCUGAAGGCCCUGGAAACCUACAGGGUGGACCCCUCCCGGGUUGUGAUCUGUGGAGACAGCACUGGGGGAGCGUAUGUGGUCUGUGUCACCCAGGCCCUGGUGGGCAGAUCAGAUAUUCCCCAGAUCCGGGCCCAGGUCCUGAUUUAUCCACUUGUUCAGAUCAUCAGUUUGCAGCUGCCAUCUUACUGGCAGAGCAGAAAUGUCCUCCUGCCCCAGAAGUUCAUGAUGACAUGUAUGUUUAAAUAUAUGGUUAUCGACUUUCACUGGUGGGAAGCCAUCUUGGAUGGUGCCUUCGUGCCCCCAGACUUCUGGAGGAAGUACAAGCAGUGGCUCAGCUCUGACAACAUACCCAGGAGAUUCAGGAAGAUGCGCCACCAACCUGUGUUUCCCGGCCCUUUUAAUGGGGCUGCCUAUCUGGAAAACAAACAUCUUUUGGAUGUAGAAAAUGCCCCUCUGAUAAGAGAUGAUGAGACCAUUGCUAAGCUUCCCAAGGCCUUCCUGGUGAGCUGGGAGCAUGGCAUCCUCCGUGAUGACACCUUGCUCUAUAUGAAGCGCUUGGAGGACCAGAGGGUCCCCGUGAUGUGGUAUCAUGUAGAGGAUGGCUUUCAUGGGUCCCUACUGCUUUUUGACAAGGAAAUUUUCUUGUUCCUGUGCUCCCUGAAAAUUUUGAAUGCUAUAGCCAAUUAUAUAAAGAGCAUAUAGCAACCCUGGGGUGCUGAUUAAGGAGAUGCUGAGUCAAUGCUCUGCUCACAUGAGAAGGAUAAGUCAGCUUAGAAUGGUUUUGCUUAGUAUUUCAGAAAAUCCAAAUUGUGAGCAACACUUGCUAACAUUCUCACUCAGGUGAAAUAAAUAUCAAAGGGAGAGACUAAUGCCUUUAAAAACUUCUCAAAGCCCUAACACACAAGGUCUGUGAAGAAUAAAUGCUAACAACUGGU